AUGGUGAACCGGCGCGGGGCCCCGCCGCCGGCCGUCCCUGCCCGCGUCCCUGGGUCCCCGGCGUGGCGGGCGCUGGCUGCGCGCGCCCAAACCUCCUGGGCCGGGCGCGGGUUACCAGGGAGCCGCCUACCUGCCCGCCGCAGCUGGCCCCGCCCCGCCCCGCCCCGGGAGCACCUGGCCGCGCCCCGCCCCGGGAGCACCUGGCCCCGCCCCGCCCCGGGAGCACCUGGCCGCGCCCCGCCCCGGGAGCCCGGAGCGGGUGUAGCCGCGGCGCCGGGCCGCGUGGGCCGUGCCCCGGUCUUGCCGGAUCCCGAGAGUCACCGGGAGCCCGGGGCGGGGGUGGGCGAGCCAACGCAGCGCGUCCGUCCCGAGGCGCCGGAGCGGAGCCCCACGCCUGCGCGGCCGUGCGGCUCCGGACCAGCCACGUGGCCCCUGCGAGCCGCGGCGCCCCGUCCGCAAGUGAAGGAGGAGGCGAAGGUCUCGCCUCCGGGAGGGCGCGGGGAGCGCAGCCGGGAAGGGGAGGGGCGCCUGAGGACCCCCGCACGGCCCCUGCGGGUUCUGUGCGCCCUUUGA